UCCAAAUUGAAAUGUUGAGGUUAUUGAAUUCACAUUUCUAAAUUGGGAGGAAUGCGCAAGCUAUAGAAGCCUAACCCAUCAAAGUUCUAACUUGAUUGUUAAUUGGGCAAAAGUUAGAUAGGACUCAGAUGGAUGUACAGAAUCUUUCUUGGUUUUCUGUGGUGAUUGGCUGUGUGAUUGUAUAUCUCUUGUUGAAGAGACUAAGGAAUGAUAAUUCCAAGCCUUUUCUUCCCCCUGGACCUCCACCUUUGCCAUUAGUAGGAAAUCUCCUUCAAUUGGGAGGAGGAAAAGCCACUGAAGUUCUGCUGGCACUUUCUCAGCAAUAUGGCCCACUUAUGACUCUCCGUCUAGGCAUGAAAACAGUGAUGGUAGUCUCCUCUCCUGCCAUGGCGAAAGAGGUUCUCAAAACCCAGGAUCACAAUCUGGCUGGCAGAUGGGUUUUACAAGCAGCCAAGACUCUUGAUCAGCACAAAUCCUCAAUAGGCUGGGCUGAUCACGGUCCUCACUGGAAGAAGCUGAGGCGUAUUGCAGGUACCGAGCUCAUGACAUCAAAGAGACUGCAAGCUCUGCAGCAUCUCAGGAGAGAGGAGAUUUUCAGAACCAUUCGGUUGAUUUUUGAGGAGAAGGGAAAAAGUGUGAAUAUUGCACAUAUAGUGUUUUAUAUCGGUCUCAAUCUGUUAGGCAACAUGGUCUUCAGUUCAAGCGUGUUCGAUCCCAGCAAUCCGGAGUCUGUGGAGUUCAAGGAUGCUUUUUCCCUGUCAAUGAAGCUCGCAGGAACACCAAAUGUUGCUGACUUUUUCCCAUUUCUUGCUUUUCUGGAUCCUCAGCGCCUGUGCCAUCAGAUGGCCAUAAAUUUUAAAAAGGUGCACAAGUUUUUAGACGUGUAUAUACAGGAUCGCCUUGCCAAGAGAAGCAAAAACGUUGAGCAGAGCGGAGAUGCAAACAAAGAUUUUCUAGACGUAUUACUGGAUUCCAGUGGCACUGAUUUGACCAUUACUGACAUCAGAGCCCUAAUUUUUGAAUUGUUCAUGGCCGGUAGCGACACCACAGCUACAACGAUAGAAUGGGCUAUGGCAGAACUUAUUCGGAAUCCAGAUAUAAUGAAACGGGUCCAACAAGAAUUGGAAGAGGUGGUUGGUCUUAAUAGAAAAGUAGAGGAAACUGACAUUGAUCAGUUACCAUACCUUCAUGCAGUAGUGAAAGAAGUGUUCCGCUUGCACCCACCCAUUCCACUUCUGGUCCCACACAAAGCUGAAAAAUCCUGCGAGGUAGCAGGCUACACAAUACCCAAGGACAGCCAAAUCAUUGUGAACGUGUGGGCAAUUGGGAGGGAUCCUUCCAUCUGGGAAGAGCCUUCGAGAUUUAUUCCAGAGAGAUUUCUGGAGGGUGAGAAGAGUAAGAUGGAGUACAAGGGGCACGAUUUUGAACUGCUGCCAUUUGGAGCAGGAAGAAGAAUAUGUGUGGGACUUCCUUUGGCUCAUCGAAUGGUUCAUCUGGUUUUGGCUUCGCUUGCUCACUCCUUCGACUGGAUGCUAUCUGAUGGGAUGCCUUCCUACAAGCUUGAUAUGAGUGAUGACCUUGGAGCUGCAUUGAAGAAGGCUGUAGAAUUACAGGCCAUUGCCAUACCACGCCUCCCCCAUAACUUGUAUUAAUACAAUUUUUUUUGCCCAUAGCUUUUAUUAGUAUAUACCUUUUUUUUUCAGGCUACUCCAUAUCUACCACUAGAUUGUUGUGUUGUUAGCUAGUUUUACUUGCUAACUUUUAAAUUAUUAGUGUGUUUUCUUUGUAAGAGCAGCAGCUCUAUCUUAUGUAUGUAAGUUCUGUUGUAA